UUUUAGGAAAUGUAAGGUUAGGUUAAAAUACACUUUUAGCUUGGCACGUAAACAUUAGAAGUAGUGAAAUUUUGUUGUAACUGAAUUUUAUUUUUUUUUAUUCUACCUACGUGUUUGCUAUAUUUUGAAUUUUCGCUUUAUGUUUGUUCGGACAUUAUCGUACGCGUUCGUAAUGCACUAGCAAGCAAGCAAACUGAUUUCUAUUCGCUCAGAAUCAUCGGAGUCAUCAGGAAACUUGUCAUGUAUACGGUCGUCUGAUACGCAUGUAAUUAAUAGAACAGUCACCAACAUGUCUGGUGACGUUCAACCCAGAAAACGGAAAGAUAAGAAAAAACGUAAAGGUCACGACGAUGCUAUUUUUAAGCUCGAUACAUCGCGGCGCAAAAUCUAAUUCAAAAAAUACCCGCAUUGUUUUCAGAGGACGACCCUUUAUUCGCUUCGAAUGAAGACGUCAAUAUACAUGUGCAUAAGGAAGGAGGAACUGGUGGGGGAAUAUGUGCGAAGAUUGUUUUUUUCUUACUAUUUUCCGCUCUAAUAGUAUUAGUAGGAUUGAUUAUUAAAGAAAAUCAAGGGCUAAACGAGCUUGAAAAUAUUGAUGCAGAAUCUCAUUACUCCCGUGCCUUCGAAGGCUGGUUAGAAGAGCAUUCGCAAAAUCAUGACGAAGUCGAUGAUGAACAAUCUCCAGAACUCGUCGAAGACAUGCAUAGUGAUGAAGACAUGGAAGAUCUUUCUGAAGAACCUGAGGAUGAAGCAUCUGAAGGCGAAGAAGACGAAACCGUAGAAGACGACGAAUCAGAUCAACAAAAAUACGAGGACGACACAACCGAAAACACAACGGAAGAUCAAACAUCGGAAUCGGGGGAAGACGUUGAUGAUCUCGAAGAAUCAGGUGUAAACGAUGAAGAUAAAAGUGAAGUGACCGACGUUAGUGCGGAACAGGAUACUGGAAGCAAAGAAGAUGCGGACAAAAAUAAAUCAGAAGAAACCCGACGUCAAGAGGCAGAAAGCGAGACCAUUACCGAAGAAAUUCAUGAAAGAAGGGAACAACCGGCCCCAGAAAAUCCAAAAAUGGUUGCCAAACUGGGUGUUGGACUAGCCCUAUUAUUUGUGGCUUACAACGUUCUGAUACGAAAACGACGAUCUGAUUCUUUAGAAACGCCGAGAUCAGGAACCGACGAGAAAGAGCAAACGCCAUCUGAUCUAUCUAGAAGGAACACCAUUGUUCCACCGCCAGCUCUUGAAGAGAUAGAAGCUGAUCUAAAUCCAGAAGACGGAGCGGAUUAUUCUGAAGAAGACGAAGAACUCAGUGAACCCGAGAGUUUGCAUGAGCAUAUUAAAUCUCCUAGGCAGCAAUAUGAAGAUCUACGCUCCACGUAUGGCCGUGCCUUGACACCGGAGGGUGACUUCAUCGCCGGAAGAUCGGAAGAGGAAGAUAACGAGGAAGAAGAAAUUGUGGAAUUAGAAGAAUCUGAUGAAGUUGAAUCGCCUUACGAUGACGAUGAUGAUGAAGAGUUACUCAAAAGACUUGAAGCUAAAUAUGGCAAGCUUGGGCGAGAUCUAGAGGUAGAUGCGAAUCUCCUCUCCGAUGCGGAAUCGGCAUCAGAUAAACAAUCGGAUGACGAUAUUUAUGAACAUUCAAAUAUAACAGAUAAAGAAGAUUACUUAAUCAGGAAGGACUUGGAUGCCGCACAAGAAGCCCUUAAAAAGAACGCCGCUUAUGCUAACAAAUUGUUUGAAGCAUUACUUAAGAAACAACCCUUCUCCCCAAGAGCGCUCUAUGGUAAAGGAGCGGCUUUAGACAAGUUGGCAGAUCAAAUGCGUAGUAACGAUAUGCUACAAGAAGCGCUUGUCUAUUAUUUAAAAGUUUUGAACGCUCCCAAUGUACCUGAUGCUUUAUACAAAACCGUGGCGGGAAGAUUUAUUGAGCGGGCCCGAUUUUUAGGACAAUAUAAAAAGGCAAUUUCAGUGCACUGGCAACUUAUCGAAAGGUAUCCAGACGAACCAGUCUUCCGAAACAAUUUGGCUGUGACGUAUUUGACAAUUAAUUUGGUGGACGAUGCCAGAACUGUUUUAAAAAAAGUACUAGCCCUAUGGCCGAAUGAUGGGGUUGCUUUAGUCCACUACGGUUUUAUUUUAAAAACUAUCGACAAUAAAUUAGAAGAAAGUGUGAAAUAUCUAACUGAAGGCUUGAAGACUCGGACCCCGGGAGUUAAAGAUGGGAGAUUUUAUUUUCACUUGGGAGAUGCUCUAAGUCGGCUUGGAAAACAAGAAGACGCGAUGAAGCUUUACGAAGAAGGGGUUGAGCAAGGAAUUUUUAUAUCAAAAUAUCAAAGAUCUCUUUACAAUGUGCCAAGGCUGAAAGCGCAACCUUGGUGGGAAGUAAAUGAAUUAAUUAGUUAUAAAAACCUUAUCUCCACUUUAAAAAAUAAUUGGAAAAAAAUCCGUAACGAAGGUUUAGCCACUCUUAACGAACGAGGUUAUUUUCAAGAUGAAUCCGAAAAUUUAAGGGACACCGGCACAUGGAAACAACUAGAGUUAUUUGCGAGAGGGAAGAAAGUUGCGAAAAACUGCGCGAAAUGCCCGGUAACUUGUGGUAUUAUACAGAUGUUUCCUGAAGCUAGCGGGUGCCUCAGAGGUCAAACCAAAUUUAGUGUUAUGCAUCCAAAUACUCAUGUCUGGUCCCACUGUGGGCCUACCAAUUGCAGACUUAGAAUACAUUUAGGUUUAAAAGUCCCUCCCAAUACAUUGUUACGCGUAGGAGAAGAGACAAGAAGCUGGAAAGAAGGUGAUGUAAUAAUAUUCGACGAUAGUUUUGAACACGAAGUUUGGCAUAAUGGGACUCAAUUGAGACUGGUUUUAAUUGUUGAUGUUUGGCACCCUGAACUUUCAGAGGCGGAGAGGAAAACCCUAUCUCCUAUUUGAAAAUGUUGUGUACUUUGUUAAUCUACUGUUACUGUUUGAAAAACAAGUGUAUAGUUUAUUGUAUACUCGAUCAAUAAAAUAUUAUUUAACA